AUGGCCGAGCGCUUGGAGGCCCUGGUGCUCACCCCCCGCGGCGCCGAGACCUCCAGGUGUCGCUUCUGCUUCAGCCUGCAGCCACCCUCCCGCGACUUGCUCCGCCCGGCAGUGGAGCUGCUCAGGGCCACGGGGCGCCUGCGGCGGGUGGUGUACAUCGCCGACGAGGCGGACGAUGUGUCGCGGGAGACUUGCGGUGCUUUGCCCAACCUCACCGGCACCCCGACGGUGGCCUGGACGGUGGAGCAGGCGCUGCGGCUUGACAGCGUGGGCGUCCCGCUGGAGUCGGACGUUUGGGUGCUCUGUGCGAGACACCUGCAGUGCCUGGUCGAGCCAGAGCCGAGCGGGGGUAGGAGCCGACUGCUGGUGAAAGCAGCCUUCUCAGCCUUCUCAAGUGAGAAGGAGUGA